CAUUCGUUCUUGAUUCGCAGAACUGGCAGAAGUCAGAAGUAACGAUCGAGAUACUUCUUUUGGCACUCGGCGUUGCAAAGCAAGCUGAGCCUGUACAUUGUGGACGUGGAAUGUGGAUCUCAUCAGAUUUACAUAUAUCUAUAAUACCUUCAUCCAAACAAACUCCAUAACCUCUUAGCCAUGGACAUGGAAACCAAUAAUAUGAGGUCAUUGAUUCAUGAAGCAAUUCAUGCAGAACACUUGAAGGAAGUAUACAAGAGUGCAGCGCUUAAUCAAGCAAUCCCUGCACUUUUUCAUGAUCCUGAAGAGUUGCAAGAGAUGGGCAACAAGCUGUAUGAAGCUGGGGACUACCUGUACGCAAUUUCUGCGUACACCAAGAGCUUGGCCCGAGCACCACCUGGCAGUGAACUGCGCGGCCUGGCCUACGCCAACAGGAGCGCUGCCCUGCUCGCCUUGGGCUACUAUGAAGAGUGCAUCAGCGAUGCCAAAAUCGCCCUGGAGAACAACUACCCUGAGAAUUUGGCUCAGAAGGUGCAUAGCAGGAUUGCUUUCUGCAAGAAGGCCCUAGGAAAAGAAGCUACGGAGGACGUGGACUCGGAGGCCUCAGAGAAACCCGCAGACAAGGUCAAGCCAAAGGUGCAGAAAGUCGGCGUUGAGUACGCAAAACUUCCAGAGCUGCUCUGUGGUCCUCAUCCAAACGACCCAAUGAUUUCUGCAGCACUGACUAUGAACGGCAACUCUCUGUUUGCCAAUAAAAGGAUCAACGUUGGAGACGUUCUGAUGGUUGAGCCACCUUUGAUUUUUGAACCAUCUUCAAAGGAAAGUAGGGGUCAGCCUCCAUGGACUUACUGCAGCGAAUGCCUGAAGUUCUGCUGCAAUUUGAAGCCUUGCUCAACUUGCUCUUGGGCUUGCUACUGCAGUGAGGAAUGUGCAUCUGUGGCCUGGAAUAGUUACCACAAAAACGAGUGCUCUCCCAAGAAUAAUGUGGUAGAAAGUUUCAUCCAAGAUGACUUGGCUACCGAUUGUGCUGGCAAAAUUUUGAACGCCAAUGUUUUGUUCAAAAUCAUCUCUACUUUUGGCCUGGAGAAGUGCAUCAAAGCCUUAAAUCCAGCUGGAGGAAUCACUGACGAAACACCCGACGAGAUGCAAAUGUUCCUAAAACUGGCUACUUACGACGGUUCAGCAUUUGGAGAAUGUGCUGAGGUUCAGGCUGUAAUCAAGAUUGUAGCCGAGAGCUUUUGUGGUCUCAGUGUAGGUAAGAAGAGGGCACUGAAGAAGUUUUUGACCAGGGCAAUCACCGUCUUUCGAGACAACCAGCGCUGCUAUGACGAGUUGCGUCUCUUUGAGACUAAAGAUGGCUUUUGCGUUAAUGAUUGGUUCAUUGGUUCCACUGCAGUUGGAAUUUUUCCCAGAAUCGCUUCAUUGAAGCCAAGCUGUGACCCUAAUAUCAACUACAGCCAAUACCAAAAGGUUUUUGUGGUUCAGGCUGCAAGACCGAUUCAAGCAGGGGAAGAAAUUACCAUUCAUAAAGGCGUUAGUUUCCGGUAUCACCCACUUCAAACCAGACGAGCUCUUCAAGCAUAUUCUCAAGGCAGGACAUUUUUCUGCAACUGUCAAGCAUGCGUUGAAAACUGGGUUCUACUCAAAGACCAGGUUGAUUGCCACAUGUUCGUUGAAGAAAUUCCUGCCUAUGAAAAACUGAAGAGUGAGUUUCAGUGUAAAGUACUGGACGUGGUCCAGCAGCCUCUUGUUCCACUGUCAGUCUUCACUCCUGAAAAUCUUGCGCUCUGUACCCAGAUCAUUGAUUUGUAUGGAAACAAUAGAAGGGAUGACAAGCAGUGUGCUGGAAUUGAAAAAUUUGUGAGGGUGUAUUUUGAAGCCAUUAGUAGAAAUUUCUCGUUUGGAGAAAGCUCGUCUCUGAAUCAGCACCACUACAUCCCUCAUAAAAUAUUAUCUGAUGAGCCAACACAGUAGGGUUGGACAAGUAGUGCUAGUUUGUAAGUAUGAUAAGUGUAUUGCAUUCAAUAUUUAAAGAAUAUUUUUAUGACUUCAGGUAAAAAUGUGUGUUAGAAAUCUUAUAAAUGAUAAUAUUAGUGUCGUGGAUUUUCAACAUUCUUGUAACCUGUAUACUUGUUGAAUUCCAAUUUGUGGUUUUUAUCAAUAAAAUGAACUUACGAGUUAACAACAGCUAGGUUUAGAUUUUUUCCUGACAUUAAGAGAAAAUAAUUUGUCCUGAUAUAGCACUUUCUUAUAAAGCAUAGCCGACAACAAUUUGCAUUUUUUACCUUAAAAAUAAUGGAUUGCAA